CAGGACCCCGCCAUGGCCGACCCGGCCCCCGCCCGCAGCCUCGACGACAUCGACCUCUCCGCCCUCAGGGAUCCUGCCGGCAUAUUUGAACUGGUGGAGGUGGUCGGCAAUGGGACCUACGGGCAGGUCUACAAGGGCCGCCAUGUCAAGACUGGCCAGUUGGCUGCUAUCAAAGUCAUGGAUGUCACGGAGGAUGAAGAGGAAGAGAUCAAGCAAGAGAUAAAUAUGCUGAAGAAGUACUCGCACCACCGCAACAUCGCCACCUACUAUGGGGCCUUUGUAAAGAAGAGCCCCCCCGGGAAUGACGACCAGCUCUGGCUGGUGAUGGAGUUUUGCGGGGCUGGCUCCGUGACCGACCUGGUGAAGAACACCAAGGGCAACGCCCUGAAGGAGGACUGCAUCGCCUACAUCUGCCGGGAGAUCCUCCGGGGCCUGGCCCAUCUCCAUGCUCACAAGGUGAUCCACCGGGACAUCAAGGGCCAGAAUGUCCUCCUCACCGAGAAUGCCGAAGUGAAGCUGGUGGACUUUGGGGUGAGUGCCCAGCUGGACCGCACGGUGGGUCGUCGGAACACCUUCAUUGGCACCCCUUAUUGGAUGGCCCCGGAGGUGAUCGCUUGCGACGAGAACCCCGAUGCCACCUACGACUACAGGAGCGAUAUCUGGUCCCUGGGGAUCACCGCCAUCGAGAUGGCCGAGGGAGCUCCCCCCCUGUGCGACAUGCAUCCCAUGCGAGCGCUCUUCCUCAUCCCACGCAAUCCUCCCCCCAAGCUGAAGUCCAAGAAGUGGUCCAAGAAGUUCAUCGACUUCAUCGACAGCUGCCUGGUCAAGGCCUACACCAGCCGCCCCCCGACAGAGCAGCUGCUCAAGUUCCCCUUCAUCCGGGACCAGCCCACGGAGCGGCAGGUCCGCAUCCAGCUGAAGGACCACAUUGAUCGCACCCGCAAGAAGAGGGGGGAGAAAGAUGAGACCGAAUACGAAUACAGUGGGAGCGAGGAAGAGGACGAUGGGCGUGGCGAGGAAGGCGAGCCCAGCUCCAUCAUGAAUGUCCCCGGGGAGUCCACGCUGCGGAGGGAGUUCCUUCGCCUGCAGCAGGAGAACAAGAGCAACUCGGAGGCCCUGAAGCAGCAGCAGCAGCAACUGGCGGCACAGCACCGGGACUCGGAGGCCCACAUCAAGCACCUGCUGCACCAGCGCCAGCGGCGCAUCGAGGAGCAGAAGGAGGAGAGGCGGCGGGUCGAGGAGCAACAGCGCCGAGAGCGGGAACAGCGGAAGAUGCAGGAGAAGGAGCAGCAGCGGCGGCUGGAGGACAUGCAAGUGAUGCGGCGGGAGGAGGAGCGGCGGCAGGCCGAGCGGGAGCAGGAGUACAAGCGGAAGCAGCUGGAGGAGCAGCGCCAGUCGGAGCGGCUCCAGCGCCAGCUGCAGCAGGAGCACGCCUACCUGAAGUCCCUGCAGCAGCAGCAGCAGCUCCACAAGCAGCAGCAGCAGCAGGAGAAGAAGCCCCUCUACCACUACAACCGCAGCGCCAACUCUGCCGACAAGCCCACCUGGGCACGGGAGGUGGAAGAGCGAGCGCGCAUGAACAAGCAGAACUCGGCCUCCCCAGUGGCCAAGAGCAAGACGGGGGGUGGGGGGCCAGAGUCGGUGCCCCCCUCCCGCUCCGAGUCGGCCUCCCUCGGCUCCUCCCCUGCCUCGCAGACCCCGCCCAUGCAGCGCCCCGUGGAGCCCCAGGAGGGGCAGCACAAGAGCCACCUGGCCCAUCGCGUCCCGCUCAAACCAUACGCUGCCCCCGUCCCUCGCUCCCAGUCGCUGCAGGACCAGCCCAGCAAGAACAUGGCCGCUUUCCCUGUCCAUGACUCCACCUCCUCCGCCCCACCCCCACCUCGAGCGGGCAUGAUCCGGCAGAACUCGGACCCCACCUCAGAGGGCCCCGCCCCACAGCCGUCCCGACCCACAGCCGAGCAGCGUGGACCGCCCUGGGUCAAAAUGGACCCCGAGCCCCCUCCCAAGGUUCCCCAGCGGACAUCCUCCAUCGCGACAGCACUCAACACCAGCGGGGCAGUGAGCGGCAACAGCAGGCCAGCUCAUGCCGUUCGAGCCAGCAACCCCGACCUUCGGAGGAGCGACCCCGGCUGGGAACGCCCGGACACUUUGCUGCAGGCGGGCUCUGCCAACCUGCCCCAGGCGGGCUCUCUGGAGCGCAACCGUGUCGGAGCUCCCCUGAAGCUGGAAAGUUCCCCAGUUGCACCCAAGGCGGAUGAUCACCGUUCACGGCCCGGCCGGCCAGCAAGCUAUAAGCGGGCAAUUGGCGAGAACUUCGUGCUGCUCCGAGAGCGACCAGAGGAUGUGGCCCCCAAGCCCCUCAAGAAGGCCAUGGACUACUCAUCCUCCAGCGAGGAAAUGGACUCCAGCGAAGAAGAAGAGGAGGAGGAGGAGGCCGAGGGGGAGCGCUCCGACGCUGGCACGGACACCCCAGGGGCCAGAGAUGGCGACACGGACUCCGUGAGCACCAUGGUGGUGCACGAUGUGGAGGAGCUGACGGGUGGAGGCAGCGGAGGCUCUGAGAGUUCGUACGGCGAGGGGACCAUGCUGGUGCAGCGGACUCCCGAGGAAGAGCGCCUGCUGCACAGUGACAGCAACGGCUACACCAACCUGCCGGAUGUGGUCCAGCCCAGCCACUCGCCCACGGAGGCCAAGAGCAGCAACGGCUCCUCCUCCCCCAGCAAGGACCCAGCGACAGACGUGAUAUCAGUCACGGGGCUUGUCAAAGCGCCUGGGAAAAGCUCCUUCACCAUGUUUGUGGAUCUGGGCAUCUACCAGAGCUCAGGUGGAAGCGGAGACGCCGUCCCCAUAACCGCAUUUGACCCCAGUCGCCUGGAGCAGCUGCAGCUGGAGGCCCGGAAGGGCUCUGUGGUCAACGUGAACCCCACCAACACGCGGCCCCACAGCGACACGCCCGAGAUCCGCAAAUACAAGAAGCGCUUCAACUCGGAGAUCCUGUGUGCUGCCCUUUGGGGAGUCAACUUGCUGGUGGGCACGGAGAACGGCCUGAUGCUCCUGGACCGGAGUGGGCAAGGCAAGGUCUACAGCCUCAUCAACCGCCGCCGCUUCCAGCAGAUGGACGUCUUAGAAGGGCUCAACCUGCUGACCACCAUCUCAGGGAAGAGGAACAAGCUUCGCGUCUACUACCUCUCUUGGCUGCGGAACAAAAUUUUGCACAACGAUCCGGAAGUGGAGAAGAAGCAAGGCUGGACCACCGUGGGAGACAUGGAGGGCUGCGUCCACUACCGUGUGGUGAAGUAUGAACGGAUCAAGUUCCUGGUUAUUGCGCUCAAGAACUCUGUGGAGGUUUACGCCUGGGCCCCAAAGCCCUACCACAAAUUCAUGGCCUUCAAGUCCUUUGCUGACCUGCCUCACCGCCCGCUGCUGGUGGAGCUGACCGUGGAGGAAGGCCAGCGGCUGAAAGUGAUCUACGGGUCGUGUGCCGGCUUCCAUGUAGAUGUGGACUCCGGCAACAACUACGACAUCUACAUCCCUGUGCAUAUCCAGUCCCAGAUCACCCCCCACGCCAUCAUCUUCUGCCCCACGGAGGGGAUGGAGAUGCUUCUCUGCUAUGAGGACGAGGUCUACGUCAACACCUAUGGGCGCAUCAUCAAGGACGUGGUGCUGCAGUGGGGGGAGAUGCCCACCUCCGUAGCUUACAUCUGCUCCAAUCAGAUCAUGGGCUGGGGGGAGAAAGCCAUUGAAAUCCGCUCCGUGGAGACGGGCCACCUGGACGGGGUCUUCAUGCACAAACGGGCCCAGCGCCUGAAGUUCCUCUGUGAGCGGAAUGACAAGGUCUUCUUUGCCUCCGUCCGCUCGGGAGGCAGCAGCCAGGUCUACUUCAUGACGCUGAACAGAAACUGCAUUAUGAACUGGUGAGG